GUGGUCGAGUUUGGAUCGAAAACUGGAGGCUGAGCACCGUCUGAAGCUGAUUUGUUUUUCAUUUGCAAGAAUGCAGUCGGAGCUACGUAUUCGUCUUAAUGACGACGGAUAUAAAAACUGGAUUAAAGCAGGCCUCUGUCUGCAGAAAACUCGAAAUUGUCUGAUUGGCUUUGUUAUCAGCGAAAUGGAGAAAUUCCACCAGUUUCUCCUUCACGCUAACUCGUUGCUGUGGCGAAAAAUUUGCAGGAAUUCUUGCCGUCCGCAAGGAACAGAAUUUCAGGGGGCAUGUGAUUUAUGUGAAGAAUGGAAGACAGAAAUUCUGAAGCACCAUACAAAUCAAAACAAUGUGUUAUACUGGGGCAACUGUUUUCCUCCACUGUGGCCAAAGCAGGCUUGGGAAGUGGCAAAAGUCUAUAUGCCUCGUGGACAGGCCAACACAUUGGGGCCAGAAAAAUGUGAUGUGGCAGCUCUGUUAAAUCUUAUUAUUUCAUGUGACUGGUUUGAUUUUAUUGAACGGCAAAAAGUAAUUGAGGUAAUGAAGGAGACUGGGAUAAGACAAUGGAUAGAUUCAGUUGAAGAGCUGACAAGAACAUGUCUGACUAAUAACAUCCUUUUGAUAAUUAAAUGUCGCAAUGUCCUGAUGCAUUCUGUCGAAAUGCGUGUGUCUACCGAAUGGUUAGAUAACUAUGUACAGAAGACCGUUGUACUUCUACAGGCGUUUCAACACAUCAGUGAAGCAAAAACAGCUAUCAGAAUUAUACAAGAGAUUGCUUCAUCGGACUGGCAAGUGCAGCUAACAGAAACUGAUGCAGUGGAUGCAGUGAACUUUACAGAUGAGAUAGAUGCUGGAGAGAUCUCAAAUGCUGAAUUAGAACUACUUAGAGAAUGGAUGCAGGAGUUGCAUUUCACAGUGGAAGAACAAGAGGGUUUGGACGCGCAACAUUUAAACCGUUUGAAUACAUUCAAAGAAUUUUUGAAGCAAAACAAAGAACUUAAAAAUGUGCUUCACGAAGAGGUUGAACAGUUGUAUGAUGUUGAGAGAAGGUGGAAAAAUGGUGUACAGACUGUGAAAGAUCAAGAUUCAGUGAAGUGGAAUCUGGAGGAAAAUGAAGGUAUAAAGACAUCAUCGAGAUGCUGAUGCUUGUAUCACUAAUUGCAUGUGGAUUUGUAUGUGGAAACAAUGUUGCCUCUCUGCUGAUGGAGUCAGAAGACAAACUGUGAUUCUACACAAUGGUUCAUUGCUGGUCCUAGAACGAAGAGUACUACUGCUUGUCAUUAUUAAACAGUUACCAAGCCACACUUGGUCCUCGUGUGGACUGAGGAUAUUAAUGGAGAAUAAUUAUUGGGUUAUUGCAUCAGAAGUGAGAAAUUAGAUAGAGAUUUCAUUGUUCUCAAGGACCAGUCUGUAAAAUGCAUUUGUCAAACAUGUAUAUAGUGAGGAUAAUAGUUUGGUUUAAUCUCUUAUCAAUAAAACCUUUUCUUUUUAUACAA